AUAUAUGGCUUAGCUGUGCAACCAUGUGUUAAGAAGAAAUCGCUUCAAACAUUUUGUUGAAUAAUAAUCACAAACAUUGUACAGUCUUACAAUGGUCAAAUAUUAUUCUCCAAAAUGUAAGUCGUCCCGCCAAAAAAACAUCAAACAUAAAGUUAAUAAAAAAGAUAAAAUAGUGACAGAUUUUCGAUUUUAAAAUGCAAUUAUUUCAGAAACUACGGAUCUGCGCUGGUAAAUAUUUACGUAUUCGGGAUCUGUGAGCCGUACUAUUUGUUUUUUUUUAUAUAAACUUUACCAAUAAAAUCAAGAGUACGACAAAAUCCUCAUAGAUGAAGCUUGCCCUAAAAUGGACACCGAACCAAAGAUACGGACCACUCAGGCUCAGAUUCAAUAUUACUUGAAAUUCUGCAAGGAGCAUCCGGAGAUAAAUAAUAGAUUUGAUAAAUCAGACAAAGUUGCUUUAGGUCGUAUAGAGAGCUUAUGGAUUCAAUUAGCAGAACAUCUCAAUAACAUAACAGGACCCUCUAAGUCAGCAAAGAAAUGGCAAGAAUCAUUAUCACAUAGGAAGGUCCAAGUGCGUUCUCGUUUGCGUAAACUCGGGAAAAGAGAAUUAAAGAAAAAAAUGGUUUGUUUAAAUAAUGUUGGCAUAAAGAACCCGAUCGAAACCUCAGAUGAAACGGCAGAACUUGAUGCUUACGAAGUAAAAAUGGAAUUCGAAGAACCUACACUAACUACACAACAGUUAUCUGAAUACAACGAACCUCAAAGUGAAGUUGUAUUAAAUGCAAGUCAAAGUGAAAACGAAUAUCCUUUCGAUACACUUUGUUACAAACGUGAUGAUGAGCAUAAUAACGACUCUACGACUUCCCAACUGUCGACACCAUAUCAAAAUUCUGCAACAUCCUCUUCACAUAUAAAUUUCAAAAACACUGGAACUAAAAGUUCCAAAACAUCAAAGGACGUGAACCUUGCUGCGGUUUGUAACACCAUAAUAAAAAGCUUAGAAGCGCGCAAAGAAAGAGAAGAAGUACUUUUUAUCCAACAACAAUGUUUGAUGCGUAAAUUAGAUCAUUCGUUAACAUUAAUGACUGCGGUAUUGGAAAAAAUUGACGCGAAGUUGUUAACAAAGUGAUAUAAAGUGAAUUAUUGUAAAAUACCUCAACUUGAUAUUGCACCCAAAGCGGCAGAAUAUGAUUUAUAUGCGUACAUAUGCAUGUGCAUUUGUAUAUAGUGUGAAAUAUAAAAAGUAUUGAAAAUUCAGAGCGGUGAGCAUGACUUGCAAUGAGUUACAUA